UCAGUCAAACAAUCAAAGCAUGCGCUGGUACUGCUCGUGUCGGCGCGGCGCGGCAAGGUCCGUUUAGCCACUUUAUACUUAAAAUACUAAAACUUCGGGUAGUAAAGACGAUUGUGAAUGUUUGCAAACGAGAAUUUUAUGAACUAGUGCGUUUAGCAACCGUCAAUAAAAAUGCUGCAAAAAGCAGCCAUUAUAGAUUUAGAACUCUGACGUCACAAAAACCCAUGAUGGCCGACUUUGUUGGCCAAUUAGACGGCAGAGUGAAGAUCGUUUGGGUCAGUUUGAAAUUCAAACUUAUAACCUAUACAACAACUUAUUAUUUGUUGUGGUGCACUCAAAUUACGGAUAAAUCCAUUAAUUAAUAAUUCAGAGACGGGAAAAUGAUCUUAAACUGGUGGUAGCUAUAAAAGGACAUCGCGGUGACUUUUAAUCAUCUUCUAAAGUUUAACGGUUAAAAUAUCUGAGUAUAAUUCAAAAGCACAUCUUUACCAAUACUUUGAAAAUUAUAUCUAUAUUUGCAGGUAUUUUCAUUGUUUAAUUCUUAUUCGUUAAUUAGAACUUUAUAGAGGAACAAAGUAAGUAGUGUUAGGUUUUUAUAUCUGUAUCUAGAUAGAUUCUCUCAGUAUACGACUGUAUACGCUUGCUAACCAAAACAUAUAGGUAACCUCUCAAACUAAAAGCGCAUAUUGUGUUAAAAAUUUCUACAAACUUACAAUAAUGAGUGCACUCGCGGAACUAGACGCUUCUUAUUUAAAAUCAAUAAAUGCACUACACUCCAAAGACCACCUACUCAACAGUAAACCAUCGCUGCAGACGUAUCUUGAAGAGGCAAUUAAAAGUAAAACAGGCAAAGAUUGCAACCUUACAGCUAUGGUGCAAUCUCUGAUGAGACAAUCAGGUGUAGAGAUGCUAAGUACUGCUAUGGAUGAUGCCAAGGCAACCUCCACUUCUGAUAAUGAAUUGGAAUUAGACUUGUUACUAAAAGAAGACUUGGCUUGUGUGAUUUGUCAGGGUAUGGAUGUUGGGGCUCGUAAUCGAUUACUUGAAUGCUCUGACUGUCAUGCCCUUUACCAUCAAGAAUGCCAUCAACCUUCUGUUACCCAACAGGAGGCAGAUAAUGCAUGGGUUUGUGCCAGUUGUAAGGAAAUUAGAAAAGCAAAGAAGAGUCCUACACAUUCUUCCUCUUCAUCAUCUACACAUAUUUCCUCUAAACCAAAGAGCAGUUCUAACUCACCAAGGCACCCAAGUGACAAGGGUGAUAGAAGUGAAAAAGGUGACAGGAGUUCAAGUAGUGGAUACAAAUCAAGCUCAUCCAAAUCUGGUUCCAAAAGUGGAUCAAGUAGUAGCAGUGGAAGCAAAUCAUCUUCAUCAGCAAGUAAAAGUUCAUCCUCAAAGCAUACACCAGUUACUACAAGCAGUUCUAUUGUAAGUGCGGAUAAGAGGCUUCAAAACAUGAAGAAAAAGGCCGCCAAGUUGCAUGAGAAGAAGAAAUUACCGCGAUAAAUUGAUUUAUACUGUUAAACGAUUUAUACGUUUUUUUUGUGUGAUACUUAUACAACUGAUUUAAAAUUUAAGGUUAGAUAUUGACUGAGCAUCCAACAGAUAUUGACUGUGUAUGAGGAAAUACUUUUUAAUUUUAUGUAUGAUGAUAGUUUUAUAAGUUUUGUCGAUAAUUUAUAUUCUUUAAUCUCUUUCACUAAACAUAAAUUUAUUUAUUCAUACUGUAGUAUAAGUAUGCAGUGAAAUAAAUAAAAAAGUUAAAGAAUUGGCA